CCCGCUUCUCCUUCCCAGUCGACGGUGUGUGAGAAGAUCAUGGAGCUGCUGGGGCAGAACGAAGUCGACCACCGGCAGCGCAAGCUGGUCAUCCUGAGCCAGGACAGGUUCUACAAGGUUCUGACCGCCGAGCAGAAGGCCAAGGCGCUGAAGGGACAGUACAACUUCGACCACCCGGAUGCUUUUGAUAAUGAUUUGAUGCACAGGACUCUCAAAAACAUCGUGGAGGGCAAAACUGUCGAGGUCCCAACCUAUGAUUUUGUGACCCACUCAAGGUUACCGGAGACCACGGUGGUCUAUCCUGCAGACGUGGUUCUAUUUGAGGGCAUCCUGGUCUUCUACAGCCAGGAGAUCCGGGACAUGUUCCACCUGCGCCUCUUUGUGGACACCGACUCUGACGUCAGGCUGUCGAGAAGAGUUCUCCGAGAUGUGAGCCGCGGGAGGGACCUGGAGCAGAUCCUGACCCAGUACACCACCUUCGUCAAGCCAGCCUUCGAGGAGUUCUGCCUGCCGACAAAGAAGUAUGCGGACGUGAUAAUCCCCCGCGGGGUGGACAACAUGGUUGCCAUCAAUCUGAUCGUGCAGCACAUCCAGGACAUCCUGAACGGGGACAUCUGCAAGUGGCACCGCGGAGGGGCCAAUGGGCGGAGCUCCAAGAGGACGUUUCCUGAGCCAGGAGACCAUCCCGGAGUGCUGACUGCCGGCAAACGGUCGCACCUGGAGUCCAGCAGCAGACCACACUGAGGAGCGGCGCUCAGCCUCCAGCAGGUCCCCUGGAGGUGCCCGCCUGCCCCCAAAUCACACCCUCCGCUUCCUCUCCGUCUGGGACAGCCUGUGGUGUGAAGGUCAGGGGUCCUCAGUACCGGGAGCCUGGCUGCGUGCUCCAACCCAGUUCGAUGGGUGAUGGCAGUGUUUGCACCUGCUUCCUCGCCGUGCGGAGGGUUGGAAGUCUCAGGUCACUGAGAAAUGCCAGAGUGAGCGGUGUCCUGUGGCGCUUACCUCCAGAAGGUGGCCAGGUGUUUUGGAGGACCGGAGAAACAGCCAGGAAGCGCUGGCUGUUCAGUGUUUUUGACUGAUCUCACGGCAAGUUUUUCUAGUAGAAUCUGAUUGUCAACUGAAAGUUUGAAAAUACUUUCCCAUUUUGUUAUACA